GGAAGGGCUUGGUUAGGAGGAAGCGAGGGGCCCAACAGUGUGUCCUUUCCAUUCUCCUUCAAGCAAAGCAGACUUCCAGACACCGCCAAUGGGAGGAGAGCCAGCCGCCAGCUCCCCGGAGCCGGAGUGGGAAGAGGUGGAAAAGAUGGGUGAAACAAAGUUUUUACCUUCAGGAGGAAAUUCUCCAAUUGUUGGAAUGGUUUCGGAGCUCCUGGACUACAUUUCCCAGCACGCAUCGCGCCGCGCUCCUUUCACUUCCGGAACGACGUCCCAGGAGUCUCUGGGCGCAGAACUCCGCCUCCGCCGCUGAGGAGUGACGUCGGACUCGGGGAGUGCCGGGUGACGCACUUCCUCCCAGGGUUGGCGGCUGAAUUGCCUUGUGGCGGGUUCGAGUCCCGCCUCCUGAUUUCUGCUUCUAGACCCGGAGUUCUGGGCGGGGUGCAUUCGCCCGAGAGCCUCUCUUCAACCAGGGACGACGGCAUCUCUUGGACAUCACCAUGGAGGACUACCUGCAGCGUUGUCGAACCGCUCUGCAGGAGUCCCGGCCCCUACACGUGGUGCUAGGAAAUGAAGCCUGUGACUUGGACUCCAUGGUAUCUGCUCUCACCUUGGCUUUCUACCUGACAAAGACAACUGAAGCUCAGGAAGUCUUUGUACCAGUUUUAAAUAUAAAACGUUCCGAGCUACCUCUGCGAGGUGACAACGUCUUCUUCCUUCAGAAGGUUCAUAUUCCAGAGACCCUGUUGAUUUUCCGCGACGAGAUUGACCUGCACGCACUGCACCAGGCUGGCCUGCUCACCCUCAUUCUUGUUGACCAUCACGUCCUGUCCAGAAAUGACGCAGCUCUGGAGGAGGCGGUAGCAGAGGUGAUGGACCACCGGCCCAUUGAGCAGAAGCACUGUCCUCCCUGCCACGUGUCAGUCGAGCUGGUGGGGUCCUGCGCCACUCUGGUGACCGAGAGAAUCCUGCAGGGGGCGCCAGAGAUCUUGGACAGAGAGACAGCAGCCCUUCUGCAUGGAACCAUCAUCCUGGACUGUGUCAAUAUGGACCUUAAAAUCGGAAAGGCAACCCCGAAGGACAGGAAGUACGUGGAGAAGCUAGAGGCCCUCUUCCCAGAUCUGCCCCAAAGAAAUGAGAUCUUCAGUUGCCUACAAAAGGCAAAGUUUGAUGUAUCAGGACUGACCACCGAGCAGAUGCUGAGAAAGGACCAGAAGGUCAUCUGCAGACACGGCGCCAAGGUGGCCGUCAGUGCCAUGUACGUGGGUCUGGAGGCCUUCCUGCAGAGGCCGGGCCUCCUCCCAGACCUCAGCGCUUUCUGCCAGGCUCACAGCUGUGACGCCCUGGUCGCCAUGACCAUCUUCUUCGACGCCCAUGACGAGCCGGUGCGGCAGCUGGCUGUGUUCUGUCCCCACGUGGCACUUCGAAUGGCGCUCUGUGGAGCCCUGGAACGCUCCCACUCUCCGACGCUGAAGCUGACCCCUUUCCCAAGCACGCAGCCCAACCUGCAGGCCUAUCUCCAGGGCAACACCCAGGUUUCCCGGAAGAAAGUUCUGCCUCUGCUCCAGGAAGCCCUGUCAGCAUAUUCUGACUCCAUGAAGAUCCCAGCAGGGCAGCCUGAAGCCACAUCCUCGGAGCAGGUGGACAAGGGGUUGGACAGGGCAGGGAGCGCCCUGACUCCUGGACUGAGCCAAGAUGAAGACGACCCCCCGCUGCCCCCCACACCCAUGAACAGCUUGGUGGAUGAGUGUCCGCUGGACCAGGGGCUGCCCAAGCUCUCCGCCGAGGCCGUCUUCGAGAAGUGCACCCAGAUCUCGCUGUCCCAGGCUCCCAGUGCUGCCGCGUCAAAGAAGUGACUCUCGGGAGGGGCUGGGCGUGGGGGAGGUGGCCUGACACCUCCAGUGCAUGUUUGGAGAUGUUCAGGACUGUCCUCGUGAAACUAGGAGGCAAAAGAUGGAAAAGAAAGCCGCUGCUUGUAGAAAAGGCUUUCUGCCUUUCCCUCUGGUCUCUACCAAUCAGACUUGUCAUUAUUUAACUUUAUUAUUUAAAUCUGCACUGACUUCCCUCUGUUUCAUCUGCUGGGCACAAUGUAAUGUAACGCAUCCACUGUCCCGGCAGAGUGGGGAGGCAAAUGUAACCCUGAAGUGCCCUCGGUCCAGACCUGGACCUGGAACGAGACAUUCACUGAUGCUCUCUUGGACUUCUCCUCUUUUAACGGUGCGGGGGAUUGAACUCUGGGCCUUGCGCAUGCGAGGCAGGUGGCAGAACCACUGAGCCAAAUCCCUGGCCCUGGACUUCAUUUUUUCAUGUACUUAUGUAAGUUUUUAUUGAAUACUUACUUCGAACUAGAUAGAAAGCGGGUGUGCUUUAGAAACUCUUGCUCCAGUUUUCAGCCUUCAGCAGAUUUCUGGGUUUCCAACUUGUCUUCCUGUCCCCUGGCAUUUGCCAGAGUGGUGGUUGAAUUUUUAUCCUGAGCUUACCGUGGCUAUUUCCGGUCUGGUUUGGGAGCAGAUCAAAGGCCGUGACCUUGUGUCCCUAUUGGGUGGCCUAGCUUUCUGUCUGCUUGGGUUCCUCUAUCCCAGAGUCACAGGGACCCUGAAGACCCCUGGUUCUUGAGAGUCGAGGAAGGGCUUCCGACCCCAUAGGCACUUUUCCUCACAGGAGCGGGAAUCCCGAGUCUGUCCCUGGCCUGGUAGGUCAAUGAAUUCCUCGUCCAUUUCUUUCCAUUCUGUCAUGUUAAAAGGAAACGAAGUUCUUGUACCGACGGCCACAACCUGUGUGUCUUCUGGUGUCUCUAGGUCUCGUCUCCAUCUGUGGAACAGGGUUUGGACUAGAUGUUCCCUGGUAGGCUGUGACGUGCCUCUGGCUGUGUCUUUUCCUCUCUUCCGUGGCUCUGCCUUUUUCUUUUGUUUUCCCAGGAAUGCUGGGCUCGCUGGGUUGUCGUUGUCCACGUGGUUGUGCUGAGGGCGUCAGUCUUGUGUAGCAUGUAGAGGGCUGUGGUUCAUACCACAGCGGCCCGGCGGAGGGCGCCCUGACCUGUUCUGCAUGUGUAGUACCCUUCCUCCUCCAGACCAGCUUGUUCUCCUUCCUGCCCCUUACUGUUUGCCAACAAUUUCACUGAAUGUCAUAUGCGAUGGUUUCGGGGUGGCAUCUUCUGGGGUGAAGGGGGCAGUAUGGUGUCUGUAGCCAUUUGAACGGUAAAAAUAUUGCUGUGAUCACUGAACCAAAGCAAUUUACGUUUUGUAACUUGGGUACUUUAUUUCACAUUUUGUUAAAGUAUUAAAUACUUUUUCCUGUUUGGAGUCUUAUUGUCACCUUUUACAACUGUCAUAGUCCUUUACCUUGGGUAAGUGUUUCUGCCUCCCACAGGUUUACCUCCCAUCUUUGUACUGGCCUCUGUCAACUCUAACAAACCCCCCCUCUCUUGGAAGUGGGGGUGGAGUGAGGUGGUGAAGCCAGGGCCUUUGCAGUGAGUUUUAUCACACACACCCACGCCCCGUAUUUUUUUUGAGA